UGAUUCUGCCGCUAAUAUUUCCUAGCUGGUACCAGCUGCAUGUGCUUAAGUCUGUGUCCAUGCCCAGCUUCAACAUGUCCUAUUUACUACUUUCGCGGCCUCGAUUGCCCGUGUACACAUGCAAGUCAUGUUUGACACGACUCUCACAAGCUUCCAGCCGGUCCAUAUCAUCCAAACCAGCAAGAUCGACCAAGUCCUUACUUCCAUCUGAGCCCGCUCGUACACGCUUCGCGCCUUCCCCCACAGGCUAUCUUCACCUGGGCUCGCUGAGAACUGCGCUCUUCAAUUACCUCCUCGCCAAGAAAACAGGUGGACAAUUCCUUCUUCGUAUAGAAGAUACAGACCAAAAGCGCACAGUUCGUGACGCCGAAUCGCGCCUCUUCAAAGAUCUACGAUGGGCCGGCCUGCAUUGGGAUGAAGGUCCUGAAGUUGGUGGCCCAUACGGUCCGUACAGACAAUCGGAAAGAAGUCAACUAUAUAAUGACCAUGCGCAUCAGCUUUUGGAUAAUGGACACGCGUAUAGGUGUUUUUGCUCGGCGGAACGCCUCAACGCGUUGGCGGAGCAGAGACAUAAGAUGGGCAUAGCAACAGACUACGAUCGCACAUGCGCUAGUGUCUCGAGAGAAGAAUCGGACGACCGCGCUUACAGAGGUGAAUCGCACGUUAUUCGUUUACGUGUCCCUGAACAGUAUUCAGCGUACGAGGACUUGAUCUACGGUGUCUUUAGACCUCUGAAACGCCGUGGUCAUGUUACUGAAUCCGCCUACGAAGACCCCAUCUUAUUAAAGUCGGACGGUCUUCCUACUUACCAUCUUGCCAACGUUGUGGACGACCACCACAUGAAGAUCACCCACGUCAUUCGGGGCUCAGAGUGGAUGCCAUCAACACCCAAGCACAUUGCCAUGUACGAUGCUUUCGGGUGGACGCCUCCUCAGUUCGCACACGUAGGACUCUUGGUAGACGAACAGGGCAACAAGCUAAGCAAACGCAACUUCGACACUGAUAUCACCGCUUUCAAAGAGAUGGAAAUAUUCCCCGAGGCGUUGGCAAAUUUUGCCGCUUUGCUCGGAUGGUCACACUCCGAGAAGACAGACAUUAUGGACCUCCAAAAAUUGAUUGAAAAAUUCACGCUCAAGUUCACAAAGGGAAACACUACGGUUACGUUCGAAAAGUUGCAUUUCCUGCAGCGCAAGCAUGCUACACUGCGUAUCGAAGCCGGUGGGACAGGCUUUCAAGAGAUGGUCAACAAUGUGGUUCAGCUUCUUAAAGAUCCGGAUUCAACAUACAAGGACUGGAGAAAGAUUGUUGGAUCUUCUUUUUCCCUCAAUGACUACGUCUCCCGUGUGAUACGCGCCGACUCUGAAAACUACACCAACGCCAACGAAUUUGUAUACCGCAACUCUUUCCUCUUUAAUCCACUUCGACCUACCGCGUCGUUGAAAGAAGAAUAUUCUUCCUCUGAUCUACCCGCAGCAACAAUGAAAUUGGCGCGAGUGAAGGGAUGGACGAAGGAGGAAUUGAUGGCGGUAGUCCACGAGAUGAUUGAUUCGAGACCCGAAGGGAGAAAGGGUGCCAAAGAUGUGUAUCAUUACCUGAGGAAGAUGUUGACGGGCCAGACAGAGGGUAUGAGGUUGUACGACAUAAUGCUUAUACUAGGGCGUAAGGAGACUCUGGCGAGGUUGGAUGCAGCGGAAAACUGA